UCAGCCCAGUUACGGGCGUGUGCCCGCGGCCAGCGGCGGGCGGCCCUCCCAGCUGGGCGGGCCCAUGCGGCCACGCCGCGCGGGCGAGCGGCCCGCCCAGAAGGUGCGACCACAGCGCCCGAGCCUGACGUUGGCGGCCGUCGCGGCUGCGCUGGCCCCGCUGGCGGAGGCCUCCCGCGUGCAUAGCAGGGCGACCGCCUCGGCGGCCGCGCGGCGGGCGGAGACGCGCUGGGGACACAGGCCGCUCACGGAGGCCGCCCUCCUCCAGGAGGCCGAGCUGCCGGACGAGCACCCCGUCCGGGCGACCGGCCGCGCCGCCGAGGAGCCCCCGGCGCUGAGCGGCGCGACCAGCCGCGCCGCCGAGGGCGCGGCCGCGGCCACGGCAGAGGCCCCGCCCGCCCGCCCCGCCCGGGCCGCGGCGUACGGCAGCGCGGACCGAGAUGCGGAGUCGAACGCGAUCUUCGUCCUCGCGCUCGCAGCCAUCGGCGUCACGUUAGGCGCGGGCCUUGCCGCGCACUGCCUCUACGGCGCCGACCGCGCCUGCAGCGCCGCCCCGCAGCAGGGCGCCGCGGCCAGCCACGCGGGCGUGAGCCCAGGCGGCUGCGCGCAGGCGCUGGCGCUGACCGUGCUGCUGGCCGCGCCGUGGCUGCUCGCGUCUGGGUGGCUGGCCAGCGUGGCCGUCAAGCAUCUCGAGCACCCGACGCGCGGCACGCCUGGGCUCGCGGGAGGAGAGCAGUGGCAGUGCCGCGCCGCGGCGCUCUACCUGCUCUGGGCGCCCGUGCUCACCACGGCCACCCUCGCCUCGCACGCGCUGGCUGCGUGCCAGGUCCCCUGCUCCGCCGCGGAGCGCCACAUGCCGAUGGGGCAGAUGCUUCUCAG